AUGAUGUGCUGUCCAAACACUACAUCUAGUAGCUUCCAGCUAACAGCUGACCUCUCAGAUCUGAAUAAAAUGACCAUCCAGUCUGUACUGCAAUCUCCUUUCAGGGAAAGACUUCAGAUUCCCUCAGGAGCAGGUGAGUGGCGGCCAGCUCCAGAGGCCCAGGCCUUCUCUGUGCUCCAUGAGAUGCUCCAGCAGAGCUUCAACCUCUUCCACACAGAGCACUCCUCUGCUGCCUGGGACACCACCCUCCUGGAGCAGCUCCGCACUGGACUCCAUCAGCAGCUGGACGACCUGGACGCCUGCCGGGGCUUGGUGUCGGGAGAGGAAGACUCUGCCCUGGGAAGGACGGGCCCCACACUGGCCAUGAAGUGGUACUUCCAGGGCAUCUAUGUCUACCUGAAAGAGAAGGAAUAUAGUGGCUGGGCCUGGGAAACUGUCAGAGUGGAAAUCACGAGGCGCUUUCUGUGUUAA